CCGCUGCCGCACUGCGCGCAGCCAUGCGCCGCCAGCGUCUGCCGCAGGAGGAAGAGGGGUAACAGGGGUGCUUCGUAUGCACUUUUAGCAUCCCUCACACUGUUCUUCGCUAGUGGCCUGUUUGUUGCUCUGGGUGCCUACCUCACAAUCAUGGCUGACUUGCAACAUAAUCAAGGGAGACUAAUUAUCAAUGCAUCUUGGUUCCACACACGAGAAGAGUGGGAUGCACGUGAGCCAAAGGAAGUAGUUAAACUUAACACUCCAGCACAAUACGUGGUUUUAAUUGAGUUGCAGCCACAAUAUUACUGUGACAAUUUUAAAACUUGCUCUUAUAUCCUUCAAGAUUUACAGGAAUACCACACAAGAAACUGUGGACUGUCUGACAUUGCCUACAAUUAUUUGUUAAGUGGGGGAGCAGUAGGAGAGAUUUAUGAGGGCCGUGGAGCUCAUAUUCAGGGCCAGCAUACAGAUGGAUUCAAUGCAGUCAGCUUGGGUAUAGGUUUCAUGGAUGAUUAUGCCAGUGAUAACAUUACUACUAUCAAAAAACGAUUUGAGCACUUUUUUCAAUUCCUGAAUGAUGCUGUGCAAGAAGGGUAUCUUGUUACUAACUAUAGAUUACGAAAACAUAAAAACAUCACCAUUGCACAAAAUGUUUCUCAGUCUAGUGACUCCUUGUAAGAUUCUUGGAAUUUCAGUUGUAACAAGAAACUGCACAACAUUAUGCUGUAGAUAAGUGGAGUGUGGUUAUGAGCUCUAAACCAACUGAAGUUUUGGAGGAUGUAUCACUUAUUUAUACAUAUUGUAAUGAACUUAUAAGGUAAGCAUCCACUGGAAUAUACCACAAAACGUGACUUACUUAAAUGGUAUUGCUUCAUUCACCAACAUCAGUAGCCCCAUAUUCAGGUGAGCAGUGUUUUCUCAAUUGUGUGGUUUCAAACUGGACACAAUGUCAGUCUUGUUACUUUGUUGUGAAACAGUGAAGGAAUGAGUGACUGUAACAAACUGUUGUUUGUAUGCUCAACAAUGGAUAGUAAAAGGAGGAGAGAAGGUAUAAAAGAUUUUAGGGUGCACAGUAUCUACAACAAAAAAUAUGGGCACACAGACUUUCAUGCUCUAUUUCUAUACAUUAAAUAUGGAAAAGGCAACCUCACAUCUAUGAUAAACUGGCAUUUGGAGCAUAGAAACAUGUAACAGAAAACAGUAGUCACACUAGCUUUUGAGCUCUUGCUUUUUUUCUAGUAAAAGUACACACAUAAAACACACACAAAACACACUCAUCUAAACAAACGUACACUUCUGUGCUGAGGAAAAGAGUAAGAGGUUGAAAGCUAGUGUGAAUACUAUUUGCAGUUAUGUGGUUCUUUGCUUCACACAUGAAUCCACUAUAUAUGAGUGGUUGCCUUUCACCCAUUUUAUGUAUUGUUCCAUCAAGGAAUUUCCAUUAUUGUUAUACUCUAUUUCUAGAUUUGAGGGAAGAUGAUAUUAAAUUUUUCCUAUGUUACUGAAUACCCAUGAUAAAUGUAUUUCUUUCCUUACCUUACUUUUUCAUGUUUAACGAGACAAAAUUUGCUGAACCAAAGGAGAAACUGACACUUGUUUUAUUAUAAUACCUUUAUUUGAUCCUAAUAAUUGUAUUUUGCUUUAGCAUGAAAUAUAAUAUGACCAUUUAAUUUAAAACAUUGUAACCUUACGCAAUUGAUUUCAAUUAUUUUUAACUUAAAUACAUGACAACUUUUGAUUGUGUUGUAGCUGCAUAACGUAUUUUUCAAGUGCUUUAGCUGCUUGUUACUAUCUGUCAGUUCCAUUGGACUGGAUUCUGAUUAUCUAAUAUCACUAUUACAAUGUCAAAUUCAUUUCUGUUCAUUGCUAUUUGGUUCUCCAUUGGGGAUGUGUUGACCAUUUGUACAUACUCACAGAGAAAUUUGUUAGCUGAUCAUCAACUCCUAAAAUUUCUCAUACAUUCAUAUUAAUGUCCAAAUAGUGAAUAACAAUAGUAGCUGUGGAUUGUUCUGCAUUACCUUUUCUCCCCUCAUAAUGCAGGUUUUCUUGUUUUCUGAAAAGCAUUGCAACUUGAAGGAGUGGAAAUUGUUCUAGACUCAUCAUCAUUCAAGUGACUAUUAUCUUUUCCACUCUAUUUAGAGUUAUCUUCUGCAGAAGUUGCAGUCAAUGGAACAGUGAAAUAUCAUGCAUCUUCAUCAUGGAAAUGGUGAAACAAAACUGAUGGUUCCACUUUUUAAAUUAAUUUCAGAGUUGAAAGUUUUGUUACUUUACAAUCAGUGCCUGUUUCUCAAAGAUCUAAUGAUUUUCAGAAGAUUACAGACUGCUCUUGACAUUUGUUAUUUGAAAUAACAUAUUUACAUAACCAAUUAAAUAAUUAUAAGUUUGAAGUAUUGAUUUUGGAAUCAAAUAUUUAUCGAACUCUUAUAAUUUAUUGGAUUGUGUACUUGACUAUAGAUAAUGCCUUUUACUUUUUGUCAUUCAACUAUUACGAGAGUGAGUGAAUAGUGAUAGAAUUGGUGUAUUCUGCCUGUGAUGUAAUUUAAAGACAUUUGCAACCUGUAUUUCAGUCAGUCCCAAUGAAACUACAUGAAUCUGAACUGGAAGAAAUAAUGUCCUUGUCAAUAAACUUGUGAUAAUUAAAGUAUUUAUCAUUACUGGUUCUAAUUACUCUUGGCAUAACAUUUUGUCAGUAUUGUUUUGUUGCCUGUGACAGUUGUAUGCAGUAGUUUAUUUGAGCUCAUGUGGUCUGAUAUGGUAAAAAUUCUGAUGUUAAUGUUUUCAAUGAUUUCAGUUUGUGGCAAAACUUACAUGACAACACAAUAAAUAUCUAUGAUUCCAAAUAA